GGGUGGUUGGCUUUCAAAGAGGGUGUGGUUAGGUCAGGUACAGGUAUUCCUUAAAAUACUUGUUGCGAACUCUGGGGGGUAUGGGUGGAAGGGGUUCCAGGAGUGGGAUGGGAAUGCGGGGCGAUGGGGGUGGUGGAGCGGGGAGGGGAGAGGAGGACGCUAGGGGAGGAAGGGCCGGGGAGGCGGAAGGGCCGGGGUCCGAACAGGAUGGGGGAGGGCAAAGGGGUAUUGGAGUUACGGUUCGAAUGGUCGACAUGACAUGUGAAUGUGAUGACAGCCAGCUACAAGGCCCUUAUACAAGACCUCCAUCCCCGUGGUGUGUCAGCAAUAGCAAGAGAAGCCUAGAGAGGAAAAACAAGGAGGAGGAGAAGCAGGGGAAAGCAGGAGGAGGAGGAGGAGCAGCUGGGGAAGGAGGGGGAGGACAGCGAGGAGGACGAGGAGAAGGGGGAGGGGAAGAAGGCGGAGGAGGAGGAGGAGGAGGAGGAAUAGGAGAGGGAAUUUACCCUAUUCUCCAUUCCUAUAGUCCAAGGCGGUCAGAUUUGAGGGCCCGAGGAGGCCAUCCCAUCAGUCUCAUACUAGUGCCACCCAACAACCAGAGGAAGGGCUUGGAGCAGAAUCGCUUGCCAUUGCUGAGCCUCCCUCCUAUGGAUAGUAAUAGACACCACAUGCUCGUUCCUUCCGAUAAAAAGGGGGUGAGCGUCAAGCGCACGUCAGGGAUGCUGAGGGUGUCGGAUGACAUGCAACAAGCGCAACCCAAUGGAUCAGCCAAGGAUACGGUAUCAAGCAAGAAGUCGUUAGCAAACACACCUUAUUCAGGAGGAUCAUACAGGUUGCAAGGGGAUAGCAACUAUCCUCCGCCGCUUAUUCAAUCAAUAAGUAGACCGGAACGGCUGAGUGCCAUCACCAUGGCGGUCGACACGGACUCAGAUGAUGAAGGAUUCUCCCAUCAAGUGGCUAGGGAGGCAGUUAAGAGAGUGGAGGAGGUGGAAUCGGAGCUGAAGCAUGCCAACGAUCAGCUGGCCAAGAUGAAGAACGAACUUGCGCACUGCACAAAAGACCUUGAAGGUGCAAAAACGCAGCGCUAUUAUCUGGUGUCUGCAGCAAACGAUGCGACGUCUGCCAAGGCGGCUAUGGACAAGAGCAUGGAGCUAGUGAGGAGAGCAGUGGAAGAGAAAUCCAGAGGGCUGGAGAGCACAGAGGCUGCACUUCACAAAUCCAAAUUGUACAACAGGAAGCUUCAGGCUGAGAUUGAUCGUCUGAGGAGGGAAGUUGAGGGCAUUACAAAGAGGUUUGAAGCCACUGUGGAAUCGCUCGAGUCCACGCGGCAAGCCAAGGAAGAAGCAUACCGCCUUGCCGAGGAGUACAAGCGGAUGCUUACUGAGGAGAUGGAUUCUCAGAUGCGAGGGGACGAGGAAAGGACGCUUCGGUGGGAGGCGGCACUGGAGAACGCGAACCGGCAGUACCGAGAGGCUGUGGAGAAGAUCCGCAGUCAGCAGCGCGUGCUGGAGGAGGCACGGGACGAACUCCGCGCAGCUCGGGAUGAGUCUAGGGUGUUGCAGACUGAGCUGGACACACUGAAAGAGCAACACAAAGCGGCAGUUGAGGGAGUGGCGAAGCUGCGUCAGGCGUUAAAGGACGUCACGGACCAGCGAAGGGAGGCAUCGGAAGGGGCGAGCAGCUUGCGGGUGGAUUUGAUUGAGGCAAGGGAGGACACUUCGUUGGCAGAAAAGAGGGUGAAGAGUCUUCAGGCAGAGAUCGAACGGUUGCAGGGGGAGGUUCGGGGGGCCGAGGAGAGGGAAAGAAGGUUGCAGAGAGAGGUGGAGGAAGUUAAAAGGGCCAAAGCGGCAGUGAAGGGGACGGGCGAGGGAAGAAAACAGGUGGUUGAUGAGCUUGAGGCCAAGCUUGACCUUGCACAGCAGGCGAGAGCGGAGUCGGAGGCGAGGGCAGAGCGGGCAGAGACUGAGGCUAGGAUCGCACGAGUGGCGGAGGCAAGAGCAAAGGCCAUGGCUGGAGCGGCGGAGAGCCGCAUGAAGGCCACGUUGAAGGAGUCGGAGAUGAGGCUUGCGGCUGCUAUCGAGGAGGCAGAGGCCAGAGUUUCCGCAGCGCAGAGAGAGGUCGUUGCGUGCAGGCAGUCGGAGGCCAAAGCUGUCGCUACGUUCGAAGCCAUGAAGAAGGAGACGAUGGAAGAACGCAAGAGGUACCAGGCAGGGACUGCCGAAGCCGAGGAAGUGAGUGCGUUAGCGAAAAUGGCAAGGGAGGAAAUGGAAAUCACGACGCUGAGGAGCCGCGAGGCAGAACAACGGGCUGAGGCCAGGGUGAGGGAGAUGAAAACACGAGUGCAGGCAGCGGAGUCGCAGGCACGCACGCUCAAAGAGGAGCUCAGCCUGCUUCAGGGGCAAUUGCGAGGUCUAAAAAUGCAAUUUGACACUCUCAUGGAGAGGGCAGAGGAAGAGGCCAUGAAAGCCAAGGAGGCCACGGAAGAGCUCGCCUCCCUAAAAAAGCACAUGCGAGAACUGGAAGAGAGGGAGAGGGAGGCGGUGAAGAGGGCAGAGCAAGCAGAGUCAGAAAAGUUGGUCGUGGAGGACGAGCUAGAAAUGUUGAAAGCUGCGGCGGAGUCUGCAAGGGGGAAACCACCAACUGUCCAUUUUUCGGAAGACCCGGUUAUUAGAGAUAACCCCACUCGGGAAUCAAAAGGCAAAAAAUCGCGUAGUAAGCAUCGGCAAAGUCGACCGGCGCCGCCUGUGCAUCGGCCACCUGCAGCGGACGAUGAAAUCGAUGAAGUCUCUUCCUCCAGAGAGUUCAAGUUCGCAGAUGAAAGACUAAGACGGACAUCCAAAGCAUUGACAAGAGUUGUCACACAUCAGCCACGCUGCCUGCGAUCGGACAAGUCAACGCACUACGGUAGCGAGGUGGUGGACAAGUUGAUGCAUGCAUUUUGCAGAGUGGGGGGGGGGGAGGUUACGAGUUCUAUGAAUGUGGCUAAGAAGGGAAUGGGAGUGGGAGAGGGAGUAGAGGGGGAGAAGAGACUUGAGGGCACGCUUGCGAUUGCCUUGUUUUUGGGCUUGUGUUCGUUCACAAGACAAGAGUGCUUUUUUUUCAGAUCUCAGCCAAGUUCUACUAUAAUUGCGACCUAGUCAAGUACCGUUGACUCGUGGCCGCAGUCUCUCGAGCACAAGGCUUUAGGAUGAGAGAGUUUUGCAAUGGUGGGUGAGCACUGAGCUUCCUGAACGUCAUCUCGCCUUAUGCAAAAGAACAAGUGGUGAGGGCCUAAGCUUGGCCAGUACAAUCGGUAGAUCAUUGAAGUUGAUUGAACCUCUUGCCGCCGAUGGCAUCAUGGGCCUAAGGCCCUAAGCUUCUUCUGCAUGAGAGGGAAAGUUAACGCAAAGUUAGAAUACAAUUAAUUGGUUAAUAUUCAUUUCAGAAUUUUCAGUUUUAAAAUGGUGGUGUUCUUCACAAAUAUUGUUUCCUUUUUUGUUUUUUGGUGAUUCACAGCCCCCGGCGGGGCCUCCUUCCUGCCGUCGAGCUUCCUCCCCCAACGAAGAGACUUGGUGUCUCUUUGUCAUCAUCACCACUUGCUCAUCCUGCAUGUCCUGGCGUAACUGGUUCGCUUGGCCAGCUUUAGAAGUCAGGACAGAAAUCAGAAGACACUUAGUUUGUUCUAUAUCGAAUCAUCUCCAUAGAACGCACACCAUCAUGAUGAUGGUCAGAUGGUAGUUUAUGUGAUUCUGUGGUUGAAUAGAUAAUAUGUGAUUUGUCCUCCUCUCUUUGGAGCACAAGCUUUACGGAGGAUCCUUAAAAGUUUUUUUUUUUUCUCAGAUGAUUUGGGGCUGCACUGGUCAACUGCGGCUGUGCUGGUCGAUAGUCGCUGCGCUGGUUGAUUGCGAGGCUGCGAAUUCUGGACUGAUGGAUAGUGUAUUCAUCCCACAUGACAGAUGUGUAUAAAUGUUAAUGUUUUGUCGAGCUAUAGAACCCUCUCUGUAGGUGGGGUGUGACUGGAAAAGGAGAACCCACUGUAGCGCAUGCCUUCGUCAUGAAUGUCAUUGACUGAAGGAAGGUGAAAGAACGAAAGUGGCCAGCUCGUUGGCAGGGACGAUCAGCUUGCUGCGUGGAGCUUUCAAAAAAAGUCUUUCAGGAGCGAUGGUCUUAGGUCUAGGAAAGGCAGGAGAAAGAGGAACAAGUAUGACAGCUGCUGCGGUUUCGCUCAUGGCAUGGUUUUGUUUUUUUGAUGGAUAGGUUCUCGCCCAACUUCUCGGGCGUCUUACGGAGGAUGGGUAGGUGGUGGUGGGACCAGGGGAUAGGUCCACACACCAGUUCCCCCGGCCCUGCUAAGUCGGGCUCUUGCCGGUUUAAGCCGUAUUAAGGCAAUUACCUCCGGGGCUGGAUCGGUAGUGCUGAGCACGGAAAGCCACUAAGAAACGACAAAAAAGGAGGAGGCCCACAAGCCUUGGAAGGAAAGUAGCUUCUUCCUCAACUUAGCCUCGUGUGAACUGGUUCAACUUGUUCAAAAUCCCUCAAGGCAAGGAGGAGGAAGGACUUAGGACUUGUGAUAUGGUUGCCACCCUGCGAGGAAGCGAACCAAUCUGACUCGAGUGAUGACGCAUAGAAACUGCUAUCUGCUAUUCUUUGAGCAAAGAUAGCUGCUUUGCAAGUAGAGGGGCAGAUAUUCAGCCUGUGGAGGAAGAGAAGAGGGGCAGCCUUGAAGAAAAGAGGCUAGGUGGGGGCAGUUCCAAAAGUGGAAGAAAAGGGCAGCCCCUGGCGCCGCUGGCGGACAUGUCCUUUCUGCAAAUGACCACAGAGAUGGAGCUCCACAACAUACAGCUGUGUCUGGUCUGUGUCUGGUAGACAUGGCUGCACAGGUGGGGACAUCGCACCGUCCCCAGAUGCAGAUGCAGGCACAGGCAUGGGCUCUGAGAAUGCGGGCAUGUUCAGGUCCACGGGAACCAUUUGCGGCUGAACUGCAAGCCCAUACUUCUCUGUAUCGCUCCAAGUUUAACGGAUGUCCCGAAUGAAGCGCAUGAAUCAAGAAAUGGUCCAAAACUCUUGAACUGCAAGGCUGCCAGGAGAGGGAGAACCUGAGUGAGGUUGUGGCGAGCGCAAAGAGUUGGAGUCUUGGAGAGGAUGGGGCAUCAUCAUUCAUGAACGGCAUCGGGAAGCAUGUGAGAGAGAGGGGGGGAAAAAAAGAAGGAAGCAUGUGAGAGGUUGCACGCAGGUAGGACACUACGAUGUCUUCCCGGAAACAGGAAAAUGCUAUUUAGGUAGGAGCAGGAGGGAGGAAGUACUCGUCGUGCGAGGGGGAGGUAUCCGCAAGUCUGAGGGGCAUCCUGCCACGUUGUUGUGGGUUGGGGUUAAUUUAACCAAUGGCACCCUAGAGCAACCUGCCUUGUUGUUACAAAGGUGGUGGGGCCAAAUAUCCGCUGAAGCGGCUGAACGUAAAAGGUCCAUCGAAGUUUCGAUCCAGCAGCAAUGGUCUGGUUCAUGCAGAGCCUCCUGAAGUUUUUUAAUCAGGGCUGAUGUAUGCCAUGCUCAGUCAAGAGGCGUCUGGGCUACUGGUGGUUUAAGUACUAAGACACUUCAGGGGGUCUAAGGGGGUAGCUUCCACGGUGACUUCAGGAGGCAAAUGCAGCAAGGGUAAUGGUUGUUUAAGCCAUUCGCUGUUUGAUGCUAGUAUCUGAUAACCUGCAUGUUUUUUUGACGCAAGACUAAACUUAAGUGCCUCGGAUGGAUACCCACCGCAAUCUGGGAAUAAGCUUGGCUGCAAUGGUUGGUGAUGACCAUGUCCAAGGGCUGCACAUGGGUGAUCAUCAGUCACUGUGCCAGGAUAGGAUCCUAGAAGAGGUUCCAUGAACCAAUUUAUGAGUCUCAAUUCUCGCAUCUAGACCCAGCCCAAGGCCACGUGCAGACACAGCCCAAGGCCCAGGGCACAAUUCUUUGAGACAACAGAUCAUUGCAUAGAGGAGGGGCGGGUGGGUUGAGGAUACAACAGGAGAAGAUGAACUGCAGACGACGGAGUCAAUGUGGACUUUCAGCGUGGUUUCCGGAUCCCAAGAGUAGAGAGAACAGCCCUGGCUUUGGUGGGAAGAAACCGGACCAAUACUAAAGCCACCCUCGCUGGUAGAUGGUGAACUAGAGUGGCAAGUAAAGAACCUGGCAGUGCGCAAAAUGUCCGAUGAGCAGGUUUGGCCUUGUAUGCCAAGCCUCUUGCCGGUUAAACAACCACCAGUACUUCCUAGAGUCGUGCCCGUUAACAAAGUCGCGAUUUUAGGAAACGUACGGGUCACUACAGCAGUGCCCAAAUUCAUCCAACUAGAAACGUUUCUACUCUAUUUUUUCCCACGGCCAAUAGCUGGGCCAAGUACUGGUGGCUUAAAAACUACCACUACCUGGGAGGGCCUCCUUCCUCCCGAAGCCAUGACUGCAAGUCUGCAACAAGCCCGGAUUUUCCCCUGCCAACCUGCCCCGGGACUGGUAUGGUAUCAGGCCCGGGCCUUGUGAGGCUCGGCAGGUCAGACCUCGAGGUAGUGGUGGCGGUUUAGAGCACCAGUACAGCACACAUAGUCGCGCCGGUGUCGGCAUGAAACCCGCAUUACUUCGGUGGCCGCCAAUUUUUUUUUUUUAACUGCCCCUGGCAGUGUGGCCGCCUCCAAGUUUUGCUUGUGUCGACAAAAGCUUUCUUGAAGGCUGGCCCGGGGCCGUGUACUAGCGCUUUAAGCUACACCUCGCGGGGCUUGAAGUACCCCUCACAGAGAUGGUAUAGUGCUUCUCUGGUUCGGAGUGGUUCCAUAUCCAAGGGGAUGAGAUUCCAUGAGAACCAUGGCCAGGCCAGGCCAGAUUAGAAAGUACUAGAGAAUAGGCUUUCUAAAGUUUCUAUAGCCAUCUCUGUUCCUCCUCCCACCAUCUUGUUGUAUGUAUUUUUGGUGUCGACUCGUACGGCUUUUAGCUCUUGCCUGAGAUGAUUACCAUGCAAGAUUCAAAGGUCAGAUCAAGUGCGGAUAAAGUGUGGAUACUUUAGUGAAGUUUAGUUCAUGAUUACCAUUUCCAGUGUUCCAUUUACUAUAGGAUGCUUACUGAACUGCCAUCAAGGGCGCCGGGCGGCAGCAUUAUCAUGCAGGCAGGUUGCCGUGCCUUCUUUGCUUACAAAUCUUGCGGUGCAUUGGCGGCAAUGGUGGAAAGGGGUUUAAGGGGGCGAGGGAGUCAUAGAAAGCAACAGCUGUUAUCAGGCCGGUCCCUCCCAACGGUGUCCAGAGGAUAUAGAAUAGAUUGAAGAAGAGGGAGGGGAGGGUGAUGCUUCCUUCAGCGGCAGAUUCAUUGUGAAUUAGGCCAAAUGAUCUGUAAGAGCAAGCAUCACAUUUUUGGUAUAUAGGAUCCAGCAAAAGUUCAAGAGAGAUGGAGGUAAGGAUGUACCUAGGGAGUGAUUGUGACUGAGUGUCACACAGGGAUGGUUUUCGAUGUAUGGCAGCAAAUAGAAUGGAUAGCAGAGGAACAUGUUAUCGGCAACCGCUGAAGAGAGGGAGAGGGAAAGUGGCCGAUGUUUUUGAGAUUCAGCGAGUUUCGGUGUUUGAGGCCAUGUGUGAAACGAGGACGUAACUGACGCCCUUGAAGUUCUCGGGCAAUUAGCAUUUCUCCCUCGCGUACGCCAGUGCGCCCCACAUAACCCCCUCAAUCUAUGGUCGGUACAGCACGUUCAAGUGACUCACUCGUGCAUUCGUGAUACAGGCUCCUUAUAGCUGUAGGCCUCCUUCUACUGCAGCAGAAGUAGUACAUCAUCACAGUCGUCGAUGCAGGGCAUCGAUGGCCACAAGCUGUUGCUGCCACCAUGCUGCUGGGGUGGACUGAAUGUCAUGACCGGUAUGGCCUUAGUUUUGAACACCGGGUCACGGUUGCAGUCACUGUGGUAACACUGGUAAGGGUAUCUGUCUGUUACGGGCGAGGUCACCGGUUCGACUCCGUCUGGCUGCGGGUGGAUUGCCUAUAAAUCUGGAACUCUGAACAAGCUGUGAGGAUCCAUGGUGGUUGUUUGUACAGUGGACAGAAAACGAACGCUGGAGUCGAUAGACGCAUCGCAUCUGGUGCGAGGGAUUUUGCGGCCACAGGUGGUGAGGAUCGUUUGCCGUCGGUGCCCCGCUCACAAGAGCGUUUUCCUUCGCCCAUUGGAAUGACCCGCUGAGCCAGCAGAUGCAAAGCAGGUGGUUUUGUUCCAAACAUGAAAGUCGGUGCGUCUCAUGAUAUUUUCGCUUUCAUUUCAUGCGGCCGGCAGUCACCUUAACUCUAAUUGCUUUUUGUUUGUAAAGAAAUCAGCAGCAGCCUUUUUGUCCCUAUUUCUAGUGCCAGUUGUAGUGGUUUGUGGUAGGUUUCAGGCUGCAGCUGCCACAUGGCAUGGGCAAACUUUCUUUCUCUUUAUUUGAUUUUACCAAGGCCUGUGGUAAAUUUCAGCCUGCAGUGCACAUGGCCUUUCUACUAG